UAGAAAGUGUUCGGAUUCAAGGGACAGAUAUAUUAUUAAAUGAAAUCAAGUAACUGCUCGGGCUAAAAAUUCACAUAUCUUGUAAAUUGUUAGAAGCACUACCCAGCAAUGUCCAGGUCGAGCAAGGGGUUUGCCCGUUUAGUAAAUCCGGGUGUGGUUCUCAACCCGGAGUUGAACCAGAAGAUAUUCGCCUUUGAGACAAUGACUGCCGAGCGAUGUGACCUGGAUCUCGAACUGAGCCAAUUACGCAAGCAGCAGGAUGAUACCGAGGAUAAUUUGGCCGAGGCGCUGGCCGAGGACGAGUUUCAGUGCAACUUAAGGGGCCAGCAGUUCAAUGGGCCCAACGAAGAUGAGCUUCAGGUAAUCCUCAAGAAUCACCUGGGCGGAAUCAUCAGCAAGCUGGCCAACAAGUACGAGCGCAUCAUAUACCUAGACGCCGACAUAAGGAAGCUAAAGGGCACCAUCGAGAAGGCCAUCACGGCGGCAAAUGAGGAAUCGGCAGCAGCAGCCUUGAUGUGAAGCGGUUUAUACCAAUUUUUGCACUUCCAUGUGUACCUUACAAAUUUUCGUUCUCUGAAAGUGGCUACGAGUAAGAGUUUCCCAUUCAUAAAUCAAAUGAAAUAUACAUCAUUAAAAAAGCUUUAAUUUAAAACAAAAUAAAA